AGAAGCUUGUGGAACAUCAUCUGGAGCUGCGCUGCUACUCUAUUCGCAUGCACAUGGACCGCAGUUCACCCAAACAUCCCGGGUAUUGACGAGGGGAAAGUGACUGUUUUCUGUCGUCGCCUAUGCAUCAUGAUCAUGGCGUUGAUUGCCCCAGAACUCAUGAUCACCUGGGCUGCGAGUCAGUUUAUGAGUGCUCGU